AUGCCGGUCUAUAUGCUCCACGGCUUCCGCUGGCCCCGCGCCGGGUUCACGGGGAUCCGCGUAUACAUCGUACUCCACAACCUGGAAGAAGCAGCAGCGGAAUACAUCCAGCAACCGCUGACGACCGAGCUCAUUUCAGAAUCCUUCCACAAAACACAAGCGGACCUCGUGACUCGGCUGCCGGAGCUGUCGUUUAUCGAGCAGUAUGACCCCGCCGACGAGACCAGUGGCACCGUCAGCCAGGACCAUGCGUAUAUUUCAACGCGGGUUCUGGAGAUUCCAGAGGAUGGGAGUGGUGGUGGUGGUGGGGGAGAGAAUAUUGAGGAUUGCGUGGAACAGGGCUCUGGGUUGACGGACGACCAGAUGGCGGCGCUCGAGGAAUUGCGCGAUCGUCUAGCCCCCGGUGAGAAGAUCGGAUGGUAUCUUGUUUACAACGGGGAUCCUGAACGGUGGUUUCCUGAUUCUGAGGAUGAGGAGGAUUACGAAUCUGAGGAUGAAUCUGAGGAUGAGAGUCAGACUCGGCGCCAGAGUCAGGCUCAGAGUCAGAAGGGGGGUUUUACAGAGCCUGCUAGUCCGCAGAGCUAUACGACUCGUCUGACGAGGUUCUGGAAUCGGAUGAGCUCGGGGUGA